AGGAACUAACAAACAUAGAAACGUAGAGGGAGCCUCCGUGGGGAACCAAAAGGCCAAAAGGCUCGCUGUGCUUGCGCGUCACUGUGGACUGUGAUUUCCCUACUCUGCUAGGGUUUUAGAAAUCGAAAGAAAAGGUCCAAUCGGCGUUUCUCCGGUGAGUAUGGCAGCAACUAGGGUUUUUGGAGCAUAUAGUAGAGCGUUGAUGGCGGCGGCGGCGAAGGGGGCUGCGUCCGGUGUUAAGACUGCAGCGAAGACGGCCACACCGAAAGGUCGAGGCGGCAACGCUUUACAGAAGGUGAUCCCUGUCUCUCCGCAGCUCGGAAAGUUUCUCGGUGCCUCUGAAGCUUCGCGCACCGAUGCCGUCAAGAAAGUGUGGGAUUACAUCAAACUUCACAACCUUCAGAAUCCUACAAAUAAGAAGGAAAUUGUUUGCGACGAGAAGUUGAAGGCCCUUUUUCCUGGGAAAGAUAGGAUAUCGUUCACAGAUAUUGCCAAAUGCCUUUCUAACCAUUUUGUGAAAUCAGGCUGAAGCUCUUCUAUGUAGGGCUCUUUGUGAAGAUUUCUGUAUUGACUAGCUCAGUUUUACUUUCUUGGUUUUCCCCGGUUCCUUUUGGGCUUUGAUGCUUCAGAAUAUAUGCUUUAUGAACCCAUUUUGAUCAACCAUUAAGGAAACCUGGAAAUCUGUGAUGUGCAAGGCUUGUUGAUUUGAACUCUGUAUUUGUGGGUUAAUAUAUGUAAUCUGUUUACAAA